GCAAGACGUGUCAAGACGUGUUCACUGUUUGCUCCAUUGCAAAAAUGGCCGCGGUGAAAGCAUCCUGACACUACCCGCCUUCAAAAGUGCGUAAAUCAUUCUCUCCUCUAAGCUAGGUACCUAGCUUGCAGUUCUUGUUGCCUUGUUGCCAAUUUGUAAAUUGUGAGGACCAGAUUGCUGUGUAACAUACUGUAGAUCAGAGAUUGGGCUUCUUUGUGAUAGUUCUUGAUUGUCUAGGAGGAGAGGGCGCCUCAGUUUUGUAAGAUCGUAGUGGAUGCCCUUGCCCAGGUGCAAGGAUUAGAGUCGACAGCCUCGAAAGCAACGGGAGGCAACCUGACACAACUGGCCACCAGUCAAAGACUGCACCUGCCCUGCAAAUCGAGUCCUCCUAGUCCAAUUUCCUGUCAAUGCUCCAUGGCGUCGGCCCAGUUGAAGCUGACGCAAUUGCGCGCUGAUGCCGCAUCUCUGGCAGUGAGCCGGACCACAAAUGUAGCCAGAGAUGCGCCGACUCCCGCCUGGAGCAGCAGCCACGCGGAUUUCAUGGGCCCCACACUGCAGCUUGUCGCGGGGCCAGGGAAGAGGAAGAGAGCACCGGCGCACAGCUGCCAGGCACUCGCGCUGCCUGAUGCCGUGACGGGGCUGGUUGCUGCAGGCGUGUCUGCCAUUGGCCUUUCCAGCGGUGCGUCGGAGUGGGCCCAGCUGCUGCGCCCCCCCGAGGCGGUGCUGGCCCCCCUGGCCUCUCUGGACGACCCGGCGCAAUGGCGGACACUGGCUGCGGCCGCACUCACUCUCUGGUACAUCACUGCCAAGCCGGGGCCGAUCCAGGGCGUGCUCGACAUCAUGUGGGCGCCCGUCGCAGAAAUGAAUGCAACGUCGUUUGACCCUGCGUGCAUCACCAUCGGCAAGCAGCUGGGGGAGGGCUCUUUUGGCGUGGUAUUUGAGGGGUGGGUGGCCGGCCCGCGCGGGCGCACACGCGUGGUGCUCAAGAAGGUGAAGGCCAAGGUGUCGGGUGCCGACGAGAUGCGCACCAGCGAGCUCUACUUCAACAAGCGCCUCCAACGCUCAGCACGCGGCAGCUGUGCUGACUUUCUUGGGACCUGCCAGGUGGACAGGGCCAUGCAGAAGGGCAAGCUGGUAGAGGGCACGUGGCUCAUAUGGCGCUACCAGGGGUCGGCCAACCUGGAGUCGUUCCUGCGGCGCCGCGACUUCCCGGCUGCGCUGGCGGGGGACCUGCUCGGGGAGCGCGGGGUGACCGUGCGGUCCACCAAGGAGGACACGCUGCAGCGCGACUGCGCCGUCGUGCAGGCCGUGUGCCGGCACGUCCUGGAGAACCUGCGUGCCGUGCACGCAACAGGCGUGGUGCACCGCGACGUGAAGCCCCUGAACCUGGUGCUGGACCAGGAGACGCUGCGCUUCACGCUGGUCGACCUGGGGGCCUGCGUGGACCUGCGGACCGGGUACAACUACGUGCCGGACGAGACGAUCAUGGACCCGAUCUACUGCGCGCCGGAGCAGUACAUUCUGCCCAUCAACAUGCCGGACGCGCCCCCCGGCCCCCUCAUGUCGCUGCUGGCGCCGCUGCUGUUCCUGGCGCACACGCCCGACAAGUUCGACCUCUUCUCCACGGGGCUCGUGCUCAUGCAGCUCGCGGUGCCCACGCUGCGCUACGACAGGAACCUCGCGCAGUUCAACGUGCAGCUGGCGGCGUCCGGGUAUGACCUGGACAAGUGGCGCCGCUCCAAACUCAACUUCGCUCAGGCGGAGCUCGAAAUCCUGGACGCCAACGGCGGGGCUGGUUGGGACCUGGCCCGCUCCUUGCUCCGGCCCCGCGACGGCCUCUGGUGCCCGCGCCCGACCGCCCGGCAGGCGCUGCGCCACCGCUUCCUGACGCAGUCCUUACGCUGGGCCACCGAGCCAGUCCCGCAGCCCACCAAGAGCGGCAAGAAAAAGGCCGCCUCGAGCAGCGGCAAGAAGGCGCGCGAGCCCGUGCUCGCGCCCGCCCUCUCCUUUGGGUGGGCCCUCGGGGGGCGGCCAUCCGCUGAGGCGCCCGCUGAGGCCGCCAGCUCGAGCCGGGGCGGGGGCAGCCUGCCGUUCCUGAACCGCAGCCGGUCGGGCCCGAAGCUGGCGGACGCGGGGGCCAAGUUCGACCGCAAGGUGAAGCUGAAGGCGACCGUCGUGGCGGGGCGCGCGCCGCAGUCCGCCGUCGCGUGGAGCGCGCUGCUGCCGCUGAGCACGCCCUUCAACGCCCCCGCACAGCCCGCUGCAGAAGCGCCCCGCGCGCUGGCCGAGCCGCUCCGCGGGCUGAAGCGCCUCGUGGGGCUGGACGCGGGCGCGCUGCCCGUGCCGCCCGCUCGGGAGGCCGUCCCGCCCGAGUUUCCGCACGUGGCGGCACUCGCGCAGCUGCUGCGGGCCGCCCACCUGCACCAGCAUGUGCCGGUGGGGCUGCAGCCGCUGGCCCGGCCCCAGGGGGGAAAAGCCCGCAGUGCCAACGCGCAGCCGCAACGGGAACCGCAACGGCCGCGCAAGCUGGAGCUAUCACCUGCAGCGCAGACGACCCUCCGGCGGGUGGCGCAGAUUGGUGUGCCGCUCGCGGCGGCGAGUGUGAUCGUAGCGGCCAGCGGGUCCAUGGCGGUGCUGGCGGUGAAGACGUCCGUAGAGACUGGGUACAGCAUGGGCCAGGGCCUCGCGCAGACGCUCGGCUCGGCCGCCCUGCUGUCUGCCAUCUACCACUACGUUCUCAGGCCCGGCCUCCCUGCCGGCACUCUGCCGCCCGCGUAUACCACGUGGCUCGUCCCCCCGAGCAGCGCGAGCCAGGGCGAGCAGGCCAGCCCCGGCAACGCUGGUGAAGGGGUGAGCGGCGCGGUGCGCGAGAUGGAGGCGCAGCUGGCGUCGCUGGAGGCGACCAUCCAGGGCGGGCACGACUUCAACGUGGCGCAGAAGCAGCUGCUCGCGCGCGUCGAGGCGCUCCUGCUCGAGUCCACGCUGCAGCCGCCCGCGGGGCAAGCGCAGGUGCCGUAACUAACACGGCAUGCCGGGCGGGCCGGGCUUAGCGGAGGCACGGAGCGCAGCGCUCUUUGUUAGAAGGAACGAGUACAUUUGUAGGAGCCGGACGAGAAUAGUUGUUUGACCUAGACAUGGUAGUAUUAUCAAUGUGCAUUGCGGCCCUCGUCUUUGAAUGUCCUAGCAACAUGCAUCUGUUAAGGCUCACACAGGCUAGGGGGUCUUUAAAUAAUUGGCUUGAGUACUCUCAAAGUACGUCGUGGCUAGUGGCCAACAUUCGGAUCAGUAGUUUAAGAUAGAGGAUAGGGCGUUGAUUGUUACCUCGUCCCAUUGACGAGCAACCCGGGGUGCCUCCACAAGCAAAUCUCCCCGCUCCAUGCUUCUAGCUCGACUUACCAGCGAUCAGCUACUCAACCGUUGGUAGCACAUUGUUGCGGCAUAGCUUACAGCAUUUUCCAAGCAAGCUGCCAGA